AGCUUAUGAUGUCCGUAGAUUACCAUUACCUAAGUGCUUCUUCCCUUUCCCUUUCCCUUCGCUCCAUUGGCGUUUCAUUACGAUAAGUAUCAAUUCGCUCGUCCCAUUCUUGUUUCUUGGUACGCCUCCUAAAGGCUAUAUGAAUCAACUCGAGGAGUUUCAUCAGGUGUUCAGCUUCAAAACGAUGGGAUUUAAAAGUUUCAAUGACCUUAAGACAAACCAGGAAACAUUAUUCCGUAAUAUUGUCCGUUCAGAUGGGUUCACCGUCGAUUUUCUUUUCAGUAAGAAAGGGAAAGCAAAAAAAGAGAAGACCAUCGAAAACCAUCGGUUGACUUUGGAGGACUUUGAUUUAGCCGAAAUCGAAGCUGGUUAUAGGCCCUGCUUUAUUGAUCCCGGGAGAAAAGACUUCUUCACAGCAGCCAUCGGGCUGGACGUUGAAAAGCACCAAGUGCAAAGCUGUUCUACCAAAGAGUAUUAUCACAUGACUGGUAGCACCAGGUACUCUGCAAAGAUAGAGAAGAAGAAAGCGGGUAGAAUUAAGGGCAUCGAAAGCGAUAUGCCAACUGCCAAGACAGGCUCCAAUGCCCAAUAUCGCUGUUAUGCAGCAUACAUUCUACAGCACUCGGAAGAUUUGUUUUCUUUCUACGGUGAUGGCACUGCCGAAGAUCGAUUUUAUUUACACCAAGGAUGGAAACGUGCUGCCGACAAAAUGGUAAAUAUGCUUAUCAAUGGCAGUACAAAGUAUAAUCUGGAUCUCAGAUUGAAGAGAGAGAAGAACAAAACAAGGUCUCCAAGAAGAAGAAUAAAAGCAAGAUGGCUUUAA